GUGUUAAAGAUCUUUCUUAUUGAUUUUAGUACUUCUUUCGUUUUGAUUUAAUUAAUCGGCAACAUGGUUGGAAGUGCACAAAUCUCAAGAGCUACCAGUUAUGUUCGCCUACCCCCUUUGCCCUCCAUCAAAGACCUCAUCAGACUAUAUAAGCUGCGAGCUUUACGGCAGCUUUCUCAGAAUUUCCUAUUGGAUGAACGCAUAACCAACAAGCUUGUGAACCAAGCUGGGAGCAUUAAAGGUGCAGAAGUGUGUGAAGUGGGACCAGGACCAGGAUGCAUCACCAGGUCAAUUAUCAGGAAAGGUGCAGAGAAAGUUAUUCUCAUUGAAAAGGAUCUAAGAUUCAUGCCAACACUGAAGCUGUUAGCAGAAGCUGCUCCUUGUGAAAUAAAAAUCCUCCAUGGAGAUGUGAUGUCUUUCAACAUGGAAAAUAUAUUUUCAGAAGAAAACCGCCGCAAUUGGCUGGAAGAGCCGCCAAAUAUCCACAUUAUUGGAAAUUUACCGUUCAAUGUAUCCACUCCACUCAUCAUCAGGUGGCUCAAAGACAUAUCUUAUAGGCAAAACGCGUGGAACUAUGGUCGAGUUCGUCUAACGCUGACUUUUCAAAAAGAAUUUGCAGAAAGAUGCGUGGCAAAAGUUGAAUCACCUGAACGCUGUCGUUUGUCUGUAAUGUGCCAAAACUGGUGCUCUGUAUCCUAUGGGCUCACUAUUCCAGGUGCCGCUUUCUUACCUCGGCCAAAGGUUGAUGUUAGUGUGGUUCGCUUCACACCCUUGAAAUAUCCAUUGAUUCCUCUCCCUUUCGAAUUGAUUGAAAAAGUUGUUAGAACUGUGUUUGCUGGAAAGAAGAAAUACUGCAUUAAUGGAAUAGGGAACUUAUUCCCUCAACCGGUCCGUGAAAAGUUAGGAGAAGAAGUGAUAAAUCUAGCAGAAAUUAAACCAGAAUGCCGUCCUGUUGACCUAACUGUUCCUGAAAUUGGGAGGAUAUGCUACGCAUAUAAAGAAAUUUGUGAUAGAAAUCCAAAGCUUUACAAGUACAACCAUCGUCAGGCAAAAGGAAAAGAUGCGGACUUCCUUGAAGAUCCUGACUCUGAAGCGGACUCGAGCAGUUUAGAAGAAGAAUUUGAUACGUUAGUGGAUGAUAAGGAAACUGAGGAAGGAAUUGAAAAAAAUUAGUUUAAUCAAAUAAAUAAUAAUCAAGGACAUGAAGCGGAUAGUGUUGGGAUUGUAAGAACUAUCUAGUCCUUGUUAUUGAGUUGUAGACUUCUAGUUGUUAAGAACUCGCUUCUUUAAUAAACUAAAUCUCUGUGUAAAGUA